AUGUGUGGAGACUCUUUUACUGCUGCAGAUGAAAAACAAGUUAAAGCUAGCACUCAGUUCUUUUCUGAUACUGGACUCAUGGCUCUUCUCUGUGAACAUGAUCGUGUCUUAUGGCUGGUAAACAUGACUUCUGCAGGAGAGAAGCAACACUAUGCUCUGGUUCUUUUAGAACAUUUGUUCAACCAUUUACCCUCGACUGCUAGAGUGGCGGAAAUUCUGUGGAACCUUUUUGAGCAAAACUUUCGUUUGGAGCUUCGUAUGGUCGACCAGCAAGUUUUACCGGCAAAUUGGGCCUCGCAGGAAUUGGCGGCAGUUCGAGAUGAGUUGGUUUGGAGGACUUUCCCUGAGGACGAUGAUGGAUAUAUUGUUGGGAGAUUGCCAGAGACCAAUGUGGGACUCGUCACAGAGAACUGGAGGGAUCGGGCAAGGAAAGUUUUGGGGUCAGAUAAGAGUGCCUUGUCUGUGAUCGACAUUCUGCUUUCUUCCCCCUUCUUUGUGUGUCCUUCACUCAGCCAAGUCAUCAUGUCAAUGUACAAGAAAAAACCAGCUAAGUCUUUGCCACCAGAAAAUGCUGGCCUUUUUCCUGUAAACACUGCACCCAAAUCCUUGAAGGCCCAUAAAGCUGUUAAAGGAAAUCUGUACACACCAGCUGGACAUUUUGUCCAGCCCUUUAAGCCUGGGGUUUCCAAGAAAGCAGACCCUUUUCAGCCACUGGCAACAACUCUUACCUUUGAAAAUGAAGGUGAUACUGUCCAGUUACCAGGCAAAAAGCAGAAACAAUUUCAGCAUUGGGAAACUGAGGUUUUUCCCAGUCUAAUGGAGCCAUAUGUCAAACUUCUCCAUGAAACGGACUCUUUGCAAGAUAUGGUGCAAUUUGUAAAUGAGCUGUUUGUAAAUGCAGCUCCAAAUACUACAGCUUGGUGUGAAACCUUGGAGACCUUUCUUGGAAACAGAAGAUACAAGUUAACAACUCGGUUUGUGUCGUCGUUUUGGAAGUGCUAUGCAGUGAUAAGGAUGUUGGAAUGGAACAAGGUUUGA